AGAGAGCAACCUGCCUGCCAGCCAUUGCAAUCCCUCCCUCUCUCUUUCUCUUGGAAAUGACACGCUCUCUCUUCCUCUCCUCUAUCCUCUGCAUCCUCCUCUUGCAUGGGUGCUAUCUCUCUGAUGCCCAGAUCCUCUUCCAGGGAUUUAACUGGGAGUCAUGGAAGAACACGCAAGGGUGGUACAAUGUGUUGAAGAACCUGGUGCCUCAACUAGCAGCAGCUGGUGUUACCCAUGUGUGGCUGCCGCCUCCCUCUCAGUCCGUCUCUCCCGAAGGUUACAUGCCGGGCAGGCUCUACGACCUGAACGUGUCCAAGUACGGGAACCAGGCGCAGCUGAGGGAGUUGAUCGACACGCUGCACGAAUCCAACAUGUAUGCGGUGGCGGACAUCGUGAUCAACCACCGGACGGCAGAGCGGAAGGAUGGGAGGGGGAUAUGGUGCAUCUUCGAGGGUGGGACGCCCGACGACCGCCUGGAUUGGGGUCCCUGGGCCAUCUGCAAGGGAGACACCAAGUACUCGGACGGCACCGGCCACGACGACACCGGCGAGGACUUCGCUGCCGCGCCAGACAUCGACCACCUCAACGACCGGGUCCAAAGGGAGCUCACCGAUUGGCUCAACUGGCUCAAGUCUGACAUCGGCUUCGACGGCUGGCGCCUCGACUUCGCCAAGGGUUACUCCGCUCAGAUCGCUGGGGGCUACCUCGGCCGCACCUCGCCCGAGUUCGCCGUCGCAGAGAUUUGGGGUGCCAUGAGGUACGGCCAGGAUGGGAAGCCGCUCUAUAGCCAGGACCCUCACCGGCAGGAACUGGCCAACUGGGUGAACGGUGUGGGAGGGGCAUCGGGAGCAUUCGAUUUCACCACAAAGGGCAUACUGCAGGCGGCGGUUGAGGGAGAGCUGUGGAGGAUGAUCGAUCCCAACGGGAAGCCUCCUGGAUUCAUCGGGUGGAUGCCGCAGAAGGCGGUCACUUUCGUCGACAACCAUGACACGGGGUCGACGCAGAGAUACUGGCCCUUCCCUUCCGACAAAGUCAUGCAGGGCUACGCUUACAUCCUCACCCACCCUGGAGUCCCUUGCAUCUUUUAUGAUCACUACUUCGACUGGGGUCUGGGGAAAGAGAUCUGCGCGCUGAGCACCGUCAGGAACAGAAACGGGAUACAUCCAGGAAGCAGUGUCCGGAUAAUCAAGGCAGAGGCGGACCUUUACCUGGCAGCCAUCGACGAGAAGAUGAUGAUGAAGAUAGGCUCCAGGACAGACUUGUCCAACUUGAUCCCCCCACAGUACAAAGUGGUGGCCUCAGGAAACAACUACGCCGUCUGGGACAAAAUGUAGUUCCACGUUUAAAUAAUUUUCCGUCCCUCUCUCCCUUUUGUUUUUUGUUUUUUCCUUUUCAAAGGAUAAAGAUGUAGCCCAAUAAGUUUAUUCUUCUUGGAUUAUUACCUGAAAAACGGAUUAUAUUAUUAUUAAAUAACAAUUCAUAAUUUAUCCUUUUAUUUUCCCCCAA